GAUAAUAGAAAUAAACAAUUUCUGCAGCUUGGUAUAUAUUUAAAAAGUUAGAUAUAUUCAACCUUUUUUCUCGCCACGAGAGAAAAAAACGCGAAAAACAAAAAAAAAUUUGUUUCCCAAGUUGCUUUGUUUCAAAGGACGAAAAGUCCGGACGAGACUUCCAGAAUUAUUUUUUGCCAGCUUUUAAAGCCAACGGAUAAAUUUCGACAUUUAGAUCUCGCUCGAGUUUUUACUUGAUUUCAUUUUAUUCUUUUAUCUUACUCGAGUCUUAAAAAGUGAAAGGCAAAUUUUUUGCGAGGGAAUCUCUCAUUUUCCAAUGACUCGCGGAUCAAUGUAUUCGUGACGGGACUUUGAUUCGGGAAUUUGUCGACUGUUUGCCCUUCAUCUGUUUAUUUACAUUGUCGAGAGACAACGGUUGCGCGAAGAAACACAGUGGCAGUUAGAUAGAGCAGAAUAGCCAGAUAAAUAGUCUAUUCGAUUUAUUUGAAGCAAGACAACCGAUUUAUACAAUGAGACUCAUCGCCGUCAAUCGUUUUGUCGGCUCGAACUGGUACCGGCGACCGCGGAAACGACCGCUGGUCGGUCCGACCGGCUCUCCUUUCUUAGAUAUCCUUGUUAUGCAGACCAGAGCUUGCCAUUGGUUCCGGAAAAACAAAUCUGUCAAUCCUCUAAAGCGGGUGACCUUCCGGGAUGAAGCCAUUAUAUCGAUGUCUGUGGCUGGAGAGGUGACUGACGCUUCGAUCAUGGAAGUAGGCCGUUCUAGACCUCAGUUUCAAUAUUCUCGAGAGGAACUGAUGCUGAUAAAAAAUUUGCGAUUAUCUAAACGUAGGCCUGCAUUCCUAGACAAUGCUUACAACAACUCACGAGGUGUUUGGGAUCCCGAACGUUGGCAUUCAGAUAGAAAGCGUAGCGAUACACCCCCGAAGGAGGAAAGGACCGGACGUAGUGAUCAAAUCACUGAGAAUCAUAGUAAGCGACGUAAUAAUGGUGAUCCACGGGACCGAAUACGUAAAGAGCAAGAUGGCAUCGUUUUGAGCCCUCAACGAAGAAGUUUUAAUUCGGGAUGUUUCGUUAAUGUGAAUCAACCACCAAAUCGGCGUCCGGAAAGUCCGAUCGGCAAAACAGAGGUCAGCCAUCGUGAACCUGUUCGCCGAAUCGGUAGUGGCAGGAUUCUAGCGCGAGAUAUAUGGGAUUUUAGAUCGGAAAAUGAAAAGAUUGAAUCCGAACGCGCAGAUUAUGGUUUUAGAUCAGGCACGACCUCUAGUGGUCCUCUGCGUGAUCGUGAUAACAGAGAUAACCGUGAUGGAAAAGAGCGUGAUAGAGAACGUGAUAUACGUGAAAGGGAACGUGAUCGUGACAGUUUACGCGAGCGGGAUGAGAGAUUCGAACGGAGAUCAUUCGGCCGGGAUUACGGUGAUCGUGGCGAGAGAGAGCGUGAUCGUGGUGACAGAGGAGGAUCGGAGCGGAACAAUCAUCCGACAGAUCGCGACACAAAAGAUCGCGGAAAGAGAUUCAACAACGAUCGUCGACGGACUUACAGUGACAAUCGCGAUUCGAUGGACGAGCCGGAAUGGUUUAGUUCGGGACCUACAUCUCAGCACGAUACGAUUGAGUUAAGGGGCUUUGAAGACAUUCCAGAGGAAAAAGUGGUGAACAGCAGCGGUAAUUCCAAGAACAAGAAACAGACUCCCGCACAGAAGAAACGAAAUAAGAAGAACGCUACGGAAAAGGAUGACAAAUUGAACGAAAACUUGGCGGGUCCUAAAGGACGUAGCACUCCAACUGUUAUGGAUCAACCUCUAAACGCUGUACCAGCACCACAUUCUCCGAUUUCUGAACAGAUCGAACAAUCUUCCAUCACUCAGAGUAAAGAAAAUGACAUUAACGAAAGUACUGUGACCGAACCGACAACAUCUGAGUCAGUAGAAAAUUCCAGCGCUAAUCAGAAUCAAGAGGAUUCGCAUCCUGACUUUAAUCUAGAUGAGUUUCUGAAAUCUGAUACAUUUGCUGGUGUAUCUGGAUUAUUAACAAACGGAGUUGGUUCGAGUAGUGGAACUGGUUCUCGAUUUAGUCAAUGGUUCAAGAGAGAAAGUCCAAUUCAACAGGUGGAUAGUCGUAGGGCUUCCAUACAAGAUGAACUAUUGAACAAUUUAUUAAACGACAUCACCGAGCCGAACAUCCAAAUACCAUCAGUAACGGAAUCUAACACUUAUUUUGCUCCCAUUUCUCCGGCUAAUACGACGAAUAAUACUAACUCUGCUACAAAUGUAAAGUUACUUGAAAUGUUACAUCGUGGUAAUAAACCAAGCCAAAAUGGCCAGGGUGAUGCUAAUACAGCUAUCCCUAUGGUGAAAAACUGUUCUAUUAAAGAUUUGGAAAUUGGUGGAAAAGUUGUGCACAGCUUGGAAGAAUUGGAAGCACGCAUGCGGGGUGGUGCUCCUCCACCUACGACUUCGACUGAUACACCCCAUGUAAAUAAGACUGAAGAAGAUCUCUCUGCUUUUAAAAAACUGCUUGCUCAAAUGAAUGGAGGACAAGCUGUGCCUGCAGCUAACGGACCUAUCACACCAAAACAACCUGUAACAUUAAUGCAACUACUUAAUUCGCAAUUAAAAACGCAGCAGCAGCCACCUGUAUCACAUCAACAGCCACCUACAGAACCGAUUCAUACUACGACAUUUAAUCAUGUCGGUCCCCUUGGUCCUACUCAACAUCCACAUCAAGCUCAAAUGCAACAUGAGAAUCUGAUGAAAGUCUUGCAAAUACAACAACAACAACAACAGCAGAAACAACGACAUUCCGAUAUGUUAUCAAUGAUGAUGGGUAAUCAGCGAAUGCUAGGUGUUAGUCCGGUACCAGCGGAAAUGCAAAUGAUGAUAAAUAAUAUCCCAUCAAGUCAAGAACUCUUACAACGACCAGAAGCUCAAGCGAUUAUUCAAGGUCUGCAACAAGGAGAGAUUACAAGACAACACCUAAUGCAACAGUUGCAGAAUCCCGCUAUGCAGCAUCGCCAUCGAGAAGUGCUAGUGAAUAUUUUGAAAAUGUACGGCGGUACUACACCUCGUACUAUAAGUCCGCAUCCUCAUCCCGCUCCUGCUACCCCUCAGGAUCAUAUGUUGCAACAGAUGCUCUUUCAACAGCAACAACAGAGGAUUCCAUCUCCGAUGAAUAACGCUUAUUGUCCACCUCCGAUAAUAUCAUCAAAUUUAGCAGCUAGUCCUAGUACUUUAACAGUACAACAUCCAGUGAUACCACACAGAGUGCCAUCGCCACGGGAGAUUGUUAUGCAUACUCAGACUAUAAUGCAAAAUGCUUUAAUCAAGAAAAAAUUGGAGGAACAGCGUGAAAAUUUUCGCAAGCGGCAGGAUCAACAACAGCAGCAGCAGCAACAACAACAACAACAACAACAACAAGUACAACAGCAGCAACUGCGCGCGUCGAGUCCUGUUAUUAAUUCACCAGCUAAGCAAACAGCGAGUCCGCUCGCUUUUACCCCAACCUCCGUUUUACGUAAAAUGACUGCUGACAAGGAACCCGAUGGAAGCAACAAUGACCCAUCAAAAUUGUCUACACAAACUCAAGCUUCACAGAUGCAACAAAUGCAGUCUGCAGUUCAACUACUUACACAGGGAGCUCUCUCGAGACAUACCGCGUUGCGGCCACAAUCCGUUCCAUCGACAUGGUCGAAUUCAUCGCUUAAACAGCAUCCAGGUCGACCUAUAGUGAAAGGUGGUAACAGCGGCAACACGAGCAGCAAUCAAUUCCAAUACAAUACAGGAAACGUGGAAUUCCAACAUCAACAUAGAACGGUCGCAAAUGUAUAUGGCAAUCCAGCCCGAUCCAAGCAUACUAUGGCCACUUCAUUGCCGCAUCAUAAUGUUCCGCAAUAUAACCCAGUAGUCCAAAACUCGAUUAUGAAUCCGAGAUCAAACUCUAUAAAUACCCAAAUGAAGGCUCAGCAAGUCUCCGCACAUCUCACCAAUAUGCAACAACCACCGCAUGGAACAACUAACAUGCAACAGCAACAACCGCCACAACGGACUGUAAAUACACCGAUGCAACUUGUCAUGAAUCAAAAUUACAAUUCCAAUCGUACAGAUGGGCGAGCGAUGCGAUCGCAACAAUUAAACAUGACAGUCGGCCGUCAACCUUCGCCGGGCCUCGGAUUUGUGGGUAGUAACGGAGGUGACCUUUCGCCAACGUCUAACCAACUUGCACGAUGGUUCAGCCCGGAACUCCUCGCUCAAGCUCGAGCCGGGAAGCUGCCAGAGCUUGGGCAAACAAACGUCCUGUCAUUGGAAGAGCUUGAGAGACUUCAACAUGCGUCAACCAUAGUGCAUAACUAAAGUGAUAUACUAUACCAUAUUCGGAUUACGUUUCAAUUUUUCAAACGCAUCGAUAACAUUACUCCACUGGUUAAAAUCAACCAGUAUUCUUCGUGAUACAGAUCUUUACGUCCGAAACAUCUUUGAUGCACUGCACCGAUGCUGAAUACGCUGGUUAAAUUACAAAGGUGCUCGCCUACAUAGAUCUUUUUAUCAAAUCUUCGUAUUGACAAGGAGUUUAUCGAAUUAAUGUGUCAUGUAUUUCGGUUAGAAAUAGUCGAUUACUCGGUUGGACAGUACUUCUCUUUUGAAGGAUUCUCUUUUCUUCGUCGAAAGGAUUGCUGACAUUGUUUAUGCAACCACUUUUUCAAAUUUCACGGAAGAUUGAUUAGAAAUUACAAAUGUACAGGAUAGUAUAAUAUUGAGAACAAAGCGGGUCGUGUUUAAACGCGAAAGUGACUAGCUUUCUAAAAUGAAAACGAUGUAUUGCUUAUAAGACUGAAAAAAAUGUGAAAAUUCUUAUUGUUGAUUAUGACAAGCUGUUAGAGCUUAACGCGUACUUUUUAAAUGACAACACGAUAAGAUCUAUUUGCCUAAGAUAGGACUGCAAGUUUCUUUUGCGUCUUGUUGGUGAGAUUUUGGGAAUUACUUAGUGAUUCAAAUAAUUUAUAUAUGUCUUUACUCAGAGCAUAUUUCUACUAAUCUCUCAUUUUCUCAUUGAUAAGUGUACAAAUAUGAAGCUGUAUUAUGAUAGUAUUUUGAUUUAAUGAUUCACAAAUACUAAAAGCACUGUUGCACAUGUUGAAAUUGUGUUUGUUAAAUACGAGACAAAAGAAUAUUUUUUAUUUACUGUCAGCCAACAUAAAGAUGCAUCUACAUACUCUAUACAUCUAGUACAACAAAAAUUUAGCGUUGUCGUCUGCAGGAAUAUGAUUUAAAUAGUUGGUAUGUUUAUAAUCUAGUAUUGUUUAUAGAAUAUGUCGCUUAUUUAUAAUGGGAAAAUUGCAAAAUCCCUUAGGCAAAUAAUACGCGGACCUCUUGAAUUUGUGAGAACAGGCUACCAUCCGAUUAUAAUUACUUACACAGAAUGGUAGUAACAUUUAAUAUUCUAUUUGUAUUGCUGCAAACCAUGUGACUUUAACACAAAAAGCAUACGAGAUAACACAUGACGUCACACAUACAUACAUAUAUAUAUAUUAUAAAAAU